GCAGAUCCAAGGCCGCGAAGCUCGCCCCGCACAGGACUUGUCUCCUUUUCGCGAGCGGGCCAAGGUCUGAGUGAUGCAUCCUCGUGCACCUAGCCGGUCGCCGACUGUAAUCAGCCGAGCAACAUGUCCAGCGACGCACCAGAAAUCCCGGCAUUGGCACCCCCGUCCCUGCGUACGCUGGGGAGAGGUUACCCAUGAUGCCUCCGAACGUUAACGACGGAGGUGGAGGACCUUGGAGCCAGUGUCGCUGAAAUCGUCGCGAUGCCUGGGUGUGCCAUAGUCGUACCCGCUGCCGGUACCCUUUCCCGCCGCGCCUUGCCUUCGUCCACGCUAGUGCGACAGCGCGCUGUUGCGGCUUCGUGCUUCGUGAAUGCGCCAUCGGUGCGCACCGCAGUCGCUUGUGGGCCGUCGGCCCCAAGGCCUGAGGGGUCGGUCGUUCUACUUUCCCGACAAUCGUCCUGGCAUCGGGGGUCAUUCCCUGGUGCUGCGCAGACGCCCUCACGUCUCUUCUCGGGUCCAUAGCGGCUCGGCGGAGGGCCGUGUGUGUGGAUUUGUGAGCGUAGGCUGGAUGGUAUAGGGGGGUAAGCUCCCGAGCGCAACUUGCGCUGCUCAAGGGGGCAAGGGGGCAUAUCUGGGAGGGUAUUGAAGCGUGGUCCAUGGCACGCCCUUGAGUGCAAUUCGCGGCACGCCUAAUUCAUCGGAGACGGCGCAACUCGAUUCAGACUACUCUGGGUCUGCUGCACAAUUUUUCUCUAUCCUUACCGAGGCUUUUGUCUCGCGAUUGCUGCUUCGCGUACAGUGGUGCUACAUAGAACCUUCCCGGCGCGUGAGUUCUACUCUUUGUGCGUAGGAUGCGUUAUCUGCAAAUCAAGCAUACGAUAUAUAGAAGCAACUGGUCAAUGAGAUUAUUAGAUGC